GUGCAUGUCGGGAAGGAGGCGGGGUCAAUGUAGUCCCUCCGUGGAGGACCGACGUCAGUUAGUGCUUGGCGAGGGAAAGAUGGCGGAGGCUGCGGCGGUUCCCCCGCAUCGCUUUUUCUGUCACUGUUGUAAGGGAGAGGUAAACCCCAAACUCCCGGAAUAUGUGUGUCCUCACUGUGACUCGGGCUUCAUAGAAGAAGUGACAGAAGAUUCCAGCAGUCUCUUGGAGGGCGGAGCCAACGGCCUCGACGACACAACCAGCGAGUUUGCGGAGCUCUGGCACCUGCUGCUGAUGGAGCGACCCUUCUCCGCCGACAACGACAACCCCGACUCGGAGCCUCGGCUCCCCGGGGGGCGCUUGAGCGCCUUUGGCGACUUGGGCGGGUUUGGAGGCGGACCCAUCAGAGGCUCGGUACCCGCCGGCCUCGGGGGAUCCAUAGUGGGCUCGCUGGGCGCCGGGGACCACUGGGGCCCGGCGCGUCCCCCCCGCCACCACAGCCAGAGGAUAUACAGAUCCAGAGUCAGCACUCGACCCGACCGCUCGCCUGCUGUGGAAGGGAUUGUGCAACAGUUCCUCGCCGGUCUCUUUGCCAACUCUGGGGUCCCUGGUUUGCCGCCUCUGUCAUGGACAGGGAUGCUGCAUUCUAACCCCGGAGACUACGCCUGGGGACAUGGAGGACUAGACGCUGUCAUAACACAAUUACUAGGUCAGCUGGACAACACCGGACCUCCUCCAGCGGAGAAAGAGAGGAUCUCGUCCCUGCCUUUUGUCAAUAUUUCUCAGGAACAAGCAGACUGUUGUAUGGAAUGUCCAGUGUGCAAAGAGGACUUCGAGGCGGGCGAAGCCGUGCGACAGCUGCCCUGCAACCACUUCUUCCACUCAGACUGUAUAGUACCGUGGCUGGAGAUGCACGACACGUGUCCAGUGUGUAGGAAGAGUUUAAACGGAGAAGACAGCAGCAGCCAGCCCCCAUCACAGCCCCCCUCCCUCUCCAUGGACCCCCGCACACAGGAGAGAUGGUCCUUCUGAGACGCUUCUCGCCUACCUUGUCAUCAUGUUUGAUCCCAUUGGUCUUAUUUUCUGUUUUAAGGUCUCCUUUCCAUACACGCGCUUCUUAAACCCUCACUUUUGAGGUCAGCUGCUGUUCUUUUUGAUCAAUCAAUGAACAAGGAUCGUCCCUUUAGACCUUAUCGCCGUUAAUGAGUAUGGAGUUACACACACACACACGUCAUAAUUGUUGCUAUUCUAACUUUUCCGAAAGGGAAACCAUCACAUUGCUCAAAUUCAAGUCUUCAAAGCCUCCCCCUGGUGUAUAUAUUCUAAUUAUGUCAUUUAAUCCAUCUGUUUAUGACGUUCAUAUUUUUAUCACCGUUUUUUUUUUGUAAUUGUAAAUAAUUGUAGUCCAAAAAAAAAGGUUUGCAAAGAAAAAAACAUCAUUGGAGGCGCAAAUGUGAAAUGUGGUUAACAAGUUGUAUAUUAUAUAAAUGAAAAUAAAUAUGUCUAUGAUGUAUUAAUAAAGUGACCAAAAAAAUGGUUUCAUUCUCGGGUUUUUUUUUUCAUCAGAAUGACUUAAGAUUUUUGUAACAUGUUAAACUAUAAGGUGGGUUGCAUGAACAAAGGCACUCGCUCUCUGGUCGGGAUGAUGUUCAUUAAGAAAUUAUCGAGUUCGAUGCCAUUAUCAAACCGAUUACUUAUCGAAUCCAGAUAGGUUGUUGUGUGUGCACUUACCGGUAGUUCCAAAAGCCAUAGAUGUUAUAUGACUGGGCCGGCACGCUGUUUAUAUGGAGGAAAAGUUUUAAGAUAGCGUAUGUUUAACCAUGCCUGCGCCUUAUUUAUGCGUUAAAUACAGAAAUGGCGCCUUUUAAUACGGUGCGCCCUAUGAUCGCGAAAAUACGGUAUAGUGGCUUCGAUAACGGGAACCGGUUCUCAAAAAGGGAUUCGAAUCCAUGGAAUCGGUUCUUUUCUUAUUGAACAAUCAGGAGAACCGGUUUCGAAUAUCAUCCCUACUCUCUGGUAACCCAGCAACGCGCUAACAGCCAAUCAGGUAACAGUAUCAACUAUCAAGUUUGGUUCAAACUUUAUUUAUAAAGCACUUUUUAUAAACACGCAAGUGGCAAAUACAAAGUGCUGUAAAAAAGAAAACGCACGCAUACACACACCUAUUGACAAUAACAAAGCAAAAUUUAAAUAUGGCAUGGCACUGAAGAUUUGAGGAAAAAAUGCCACCGCCGAGGCAUCCACACUGAAAAAUAACUCAAACUAAUGCCAUUUUAAAAAAAAUAAUUGUAUAAAACAUGAUAAAAUUCUAUUUAAAAAUUAAAUUAAUAAGUAAAUAACAUCACAUUGAGAGAAUAGUAGUACUCAAUUAAGCUAUAAAACACGAUACUUUAUUGAAAUUUGAACUUAUUAAAUUAGAAAAAGUGGUUGAUUCUUUGCAUGGAGUGAGAAGAGUGAAUAAAAGAGGAAAAGUCACCUCGACGGUAUGGCAGUUUUUGGGGAUUUUUUUUAAACGG